AUGAUUGCAUUACUGGGUCGGGACGAGAAUAGCAGCCCUGAGGGGGGUUCCAGAGAAGCCACUAAUGUGGAUAACAUCAGGGAACAGCUGCAGGCCGUGCUCAUGGACCAAGGGCUCCUAGAGCAGACCAAGAAGCUGCCCAUUGUGGUGGACGUUAGCGAGUCAGCAACCGAAGAUCCUCUCAAGAAGAUUCACCAUUCUGUUGUUUUCCCACACGGAUAUGAGAUCCCCAGAGAUCCUGCCAACAAGAUUUAUACCUGUGAACCUCCGGCGGAGUUACCGGUCAAGUUUCCGUACGAGCUCGAUCCCUUCCAGCGUCGAGCUAUUGGUGCCCUACAUAUCGGUCACUCUGUUCUUGUUGCAGCUCACACCAGUGCAGGAAAGACGACCGUGGCAGAGUACAUUAUUGCAACGGCACUAGCUCAAAAUCAACGUGUGGUUUAUACUACCCCAAUAAAGGCUUUAUCAAACCAAAAGUACCAGGACCUAAAGCUUGCAGCAUACACCAAGGGGUCUGUUGGUAUCAUGACUGGGGACACCACCCUGAAUAGAACGGCUGGGGUCUUGGUUAUGACCACUGAGAUACUGCGUAAUAUGCUACAUCAAGGUGCAGAACUCCUGAGAGAGAUAGGAUAUGUUAUUUUUGAUGAAGUUCAUUACAUGCGGAACAGCGAGCGUGGCUUGGUUUGGGAAGACUGUAUUGCCAUGCUCAGUUCUAACAUUCAGUUCUGUUUCCUCUCGGCGACGGUGCCCAAUGCAUCCGAGUUUGCUGGGUGGGUGGCGUCUCUACACUCCAUACCGGUGCACGUGGUGUACACCCAAUAUCGCCCAGUACCCCUUAUGCACUUCCUUUGUCCAGUAGGAGGAGAUGGCCUGUACCCUAUUUGUUCAUCUAUUGACAAAAAUAAAAUCAGACAUGAUCAGGUUAUAAAAGCAAAAGCAAAUCUCCCUCAUGAUAAUGCUCAAGCAGUAGCUCGCGGGGAAGAAGAAGGAACCAGCGGCCACUCAAACAAGAAGCAGCAGCAGAAGGCCGUUCGCGAUACUCUUCAUAAAGUAAUGAAAAACCUCAUAGCACGAGAUUGCUUCCCCCUUAUUGUGUUUGCCUUUGGGAAAAAGAAAUGUGAGACGUACGCCAUGGACUUUAUCAGUGACUACUUUAAUAAUGGGCAAAGAGCCACCUCCCGGCCACCCUUGCAGCGGACUUACGGUGAAGAACCCCAGGCAUUGAUUCCACAGGAUAACCAGCAGGCCACUCAAGCGCAGCCUCCCGUUAUACAGAGCUUGGUGACUCCUGAACAAACACGUGUUAUAGAUAAUAUAUUUGACGCAGCGCUCAAGUGCCUUCCAGAAGAAGAUCGCAACUUAAGACCUAUUGUCGUUCUUCGUGGCAUGUUACGACGAGGAAUCGCAGUCCACCAUUCAGGGUUACUUCCCUGGGCAAAGGAGAUUAUAGAAAUACUGUUUGUUGAGGGGCUAGUGAAGAUUCUGUAUGCGACCGAAACAUUCGCUAUGGGCCUGAAUCUUCCUGCUCGUGCGAUUAUUUUUUCUGAAUUUAAAAAGUUCGACGGAUUGACUUCCAGAUUAGUGACUGCUGGUGAGUAUGUUCAGAUGGCUGGUCGCGCUGGCCGGCGAGGAAUAGACAAACAGGGCAUGUCAAUAUGCAUGUUCAGCACAGCAGACGAAUGUGACAACAUUGUAAAGGUAAUUCAAGGAACCACUGAACCACUAAACAGUGCAUAUAGACUCUCUUUUAAUAGUGUCCUUAAAUUGAUGCAAAUAGAAGAUACCUCUCCUGAGCAGGUGAUUAAGCGGUCGUUCUUGCAGUUCCAGCAGUUAUUUAGGUUGCCGCGCUGCAUAGACAAGAUCCUUGCACUAGAGAAUGCCAAUGCCGUAGAUAAAACGCAACUGGGCAGACUUUUACUAAGCAUACUUAAUGUCCUGCAUAGAGCCUUCGGAGAGUAUGAGCAGCUCGCUCAAUUCUUUGGUCCAGAUAUGCUUCAGUCACUUGCAAACCUAGCAUCUUGGGAUGCUCAAAGGUUAUACGGUCUCUUGACUGAGUAUGUUAAUCUCUUUGCACUCAAGACUAGUUACUAUGUGGAUUGGUCUCGUUUGUUGUCCCAAGACUCUAUGAAGCAGUUAUUAGUUCGCGGACGAAUAGUUCAUGUGCAUGCCGAUGGGUUGGACCUGGGGUGGGUACCAGUCCUGAAAGUUACAAGACUAGGCUCUGACAGCUUUGUGGAUUGUUUGGUUCCCUGUUCUCUCGGCUCCGUCCCGGCGAAGUACACUAAUGCUUCAGAAACACACUUAAUUGCGUUUAGCGACACCGUCCCUUCUUCGCUUAGCUCGAGAGGAGUUGAUAAAGAGCUUGCCCACGCUGCACUAAUUAACAAGCCAUACUAUCAAGAAUAUAUGUCGACCUUGCAAAAGCAGGAUAGCCCAGCUGAUGCCCAAGACGCAUCUGCUGACGAGAGUCAACCCCCUGUAAAAAGGAGGCCACUUCGAAAGGUAGGUUCCAAACCAGUCGAAAAGCAGAAAGUGUCACAUGCAGAUAUAAAUGACCUCAUUUACGCUAAUGACUCCUCAGAGUCCAUCACCCCACAAAAUCUUUAUGAGUACUCGUUCAUUGAUCCUCUCCAGCCAUUCGUGCGUGAAAACAAGGCGUCCUAUCAGAUGCUUGCUCCUCGAGACGUCCUUCUCAGUGUCCUGACAGCAAUCGACAAGUGUGGGGCAUCGUCUAAGAAGAAGCAGAUGAAAGGAAAGCUGCAUGAACAUCUCUGGAGCGAAAUAGAAGCAACAGCUUGUGUAAUUGUUCGCGUUCCGGUGAGAGCAAUCCGAAGGGCUUCUGGAAAGAUAUUAAAGACCAUACCGGAAAGCCUUUCUAGGUAUGAUGAUAAGUCCGAGGCAAUGUUUUUCUAUUAUCAAAUGAUAGCCUCUCUCAUACCAUCAGACGAAUCUCACAGCUUCCCCUCUACUCUAGCUGAUCUUAUGGAGCCGCACGUUAACCUUUCUGAGUUGGCCUAUGCCGACGUUACAUCAGAGGUUAACGAUCUAGACUGUAACAUAAAGUUAGUUGAACAUGCUAUCACUUGCGACAACGAAUAUGGGAUUCUGACGCGUAUACUCUCAUCACCAGCACACAGUGCGCCCACUCUACAUAGAGUGCUUAAUGCCGUGUGCUCUCCUGCAAUUUAUGCUAAGAUUUCGACGCGCAUGGAAGACACCAACGAGCAGGCAUUAAAAGAAGAACAGCUGAUUGUUUAUCAAAUGGUGAAGGAAUACAUCGAUAACUCUCCACAUGAUGAGGAUGCCUCCGGUCAGCUGGAGGUAUCGGGUAUGAUUUUUUCUCUCAUGCUCAAUUGUAUGAGACGAGAUGCCAAAAAGCAGAUAUUUAAGCAAUAUAUCCAAGAAGCCGACGACCUUAUACUGAGCUCAGAGCUGGUAAAGUUGAAAAACUUCUUGCGCCGUGAACACUUCAUAGAAGAAAUUCCUGGGGCCACAGAUAGCGAAGCUGCAUACCUUCUCACAGACAAGGGGCGUGUUGCAUGUCAUGUUAGCUCUGCAAAUGAGGUAAUACUCGUUGAGUGUCUGUUUGAGGCCCAAUUCACUGACCUAACUCCACGAGUCCUCGCUGGCGUCUUGGCCUCCCUUCUCGGAGAGGGAACUGGAGCAUCGGGAUCAUCGAAGAGUAACCAACUCCAGAUGGACCCGAAGCUGUCUCAAGCGUUGACGAAGCUAAAACAGAUUGUAUCUAUGUUGCUAAAGGAUUGUGCAACAGAGGACACAACGUUAGAGUUGCGCUGCACAACAGUUGAUCACAUCGUGGACGACACCACAGCGGUAAUUGCUUUUUCAUGGGCGGCAGGUCAGACAUUUCAGGAGAUCCUCGACAUAGACCGGAGCCAAUUCGAAGGGAACAUAGUAAGGAUGUUCAGGCGUCUAAUAAACCUUGUCGACCAGCUAAUAAUCGCGGUGGAAGUCAUUGGGGACGAGCGUUUGAAGGCACGGUUAACUGCUGUCCACGAUGCAAUAUUCCGUGACAUUAUCAAGGUCAAUAGCUUAUAUGUGGUAGCAGAAGAUGACGUCUAG